GGACUGUGACUGAGUUGACCGAGAAUCGUUUGGAUCGACUCUGCGUGAUUCUGUCUUCCAUAUUAUUUUAUUUCAAAGGUAUAUGUUGUCAUCUACAAAUAUUGUUUUAGAUAUUUUUGGUAGAAUUCUGCUUGGAUACCUUUUGUUUUUUUUUUAGUUGUUUUGUGAUCAUGGAAAAUACAGACGAUCUUUAUUGCUCUGCAUCCGGCCUCUUGUGCAACGCUUACCCUGGCCCCAAGCGCAUUUUGGCGCAGUCAUGACAAAGCAAAAAAAAUUUGCUUGAUAUUCAGGCCAAGUUUUCCCGCCUUUUAAUUUUGAUGCAUGGAUGUUCGAUCGAAUUAAACCUGCUUACAAAAUCGAUAUGACUUAGGCCCAAUGCAAGUUAUCAUAUUACGUAACAAAGUCUGGCUCUCAGUGUUUUUCAACGUGUACACAUGCAUCAAAAAUGGACUUUCAAAACAGGCCUAAUGUUGAUCUUCAUCUAUUUCUUUUGCAGGGAGGAAACAAUGCUGGUCACACUGUUGUUGUAGGUGACAAGGAAUAUGACUUUCAUCUUUUACCAAGUGGUAUUAUCCAUCCAUUCUGUACAUCAGUCAUAGGUAAUGGCUUAGUGGUUCACUUACCAGGGCUUUUUGAAGAGGCUGAGAAGGCUAAACUAAAAGGACUAAACGGCUGGAAUGAGAGACUACGGAUCUCGGAUAGAGCGCAUUUAGUUUUUGAUCUUCAUCAGCAAGUCGAUGGCUUACAAGAAUUGGAAAAGUCCAAGAACAAGACAAGGUAAGGCCCUUAAGAUCAAAAUUGUACAGAAGUAUGAUAUAUCACAACUAUAUAGUCAUCUCUAUUAAAGAUAUUAACAGUUUCAGAUAGCCUGAAUGUCUCUGAUUGCAGCGAUUACAAAUUACAAGUACAAAUCUAAGAGGUUGUCGGCCCAGUGCAGGGAUUUUUAUUAUACACCUGUCCUAGGACAGGACGUAUUAUGGUAUCACGCUCGGUGUCUGUCCGUCCGUUAACUUUGAUAACAUUGUUGAUUUAAAGAUAAUCUAUUUGAAGUUAAAGAAGUAGACUUUCAAAUAAAUUGGAUUGGAAUGUAUGAGUGAAGAACAAAACAAAGCAUUUUAAUCAUGUAUAAUACUCACCACCCAGCUUUCCACAUUUACCACAGUCAUGCAUACUGGUACUGGAUUGCUCCUGUAAGCUCACAGGUUGUUUCUUUGUGUGAAUAAUAUAUCAGAUCACCCAUUCUUAUAUAUUUUACACAUUGUUCAUGUAUGUACACUACAUGUACAUGCCUGAACAUGUUCUAUUUUACAUGUAGAUUUCAUUAUUUGUCUAUAAAUUAUUAAUAAAGUUUAUUUAUGGUACACAGAGUGAUUUUAGCAAUGUCUUUGAUAAUAAUAUUGAUAUAGGCCUACAUUUAAAUUCAAGUGUGUAAUUUUCCAGAGUUGUAAACAGAUGUUCGUCAUAUACAUUUCCGCACAUUGUACUUUGCAAUACAGGUAUAGAAUAGCAUAUUAAAGAAAAAUAUAUGUAAAUACUUAAAUGUACAAAUCCAUAUCUAUUUUAUAAGUUGCAAGAUAAGAUAAGACUUGAUCAUGAUAAAAGUUUUUAAUGGCACAGAGAUAAAAGAUUAUUCUGAAAAGAUAAAAGAAAGGUAUACUAUAUAAGUUAUUAUUUUGCGGGGGUUUUCUUUUCGUGGAUAUCGCAAAUUAUGAUAUAAUGAUAAUGGUAUAUUUACCCAGGGGUAGCCACUUCAGUUCUGAAAACUGUUCUCCCAGCAGGCCGUGCUAUUAUUACCUGGCUAAGCUAGGCUACCGAUUCAGGUGCACACAGCUUUUUGCAGAAUUGCCGAUCGGCCGUUAAAUUAACAACGCACAAAAAACUUGACACAUUAAUCAGUGCCAAUGUCCCCAACAGCAAAGCUUUGCUAUUGCAAACAUCCUGUGUGGUGAAAACAUUGAGAUAUGCGCCUAUAUAUGAAGAGCUCAGUUGCAAAAGGGGUUAGGUCCAUUUUUCAUCAAAUUUGAUUUUUUUUUGUCUCAAUGUAUAGAUUUUUAGUAGCUCUAUAAGAUGAUACCAAAGAAAAGUUGAAAUUCCCAUUAAAAAGUGAACAAAAAUGGCAAAGAAAAAUCACUUUUUUUUUCAUAAGGGGUUAGGUCCACAUAGAAAUUUUGUGG